AUGAGUGACGACAAACGCCGGUCAACAAAAGGAAAAAAACGAGCCCUCGAAGAGGAAGUGUCGAUGGAGUCUUCAAAUUCCGAAUCAGAGAAUGACACUGUUGACACCGAUGGUCGUAAGCGACGAAAAGGCAAGAAAUCAGAAGUGUCCAGUAAAAGAAGGAAAGCCGAGAAAAAAGAGGUAGAUGAACUCUUUUAUUUUAAAGAAUUAUAUUUAGUCUCCGGACGCCCCAAAUUCUCCAAAAAAAGACAAAGACGAGCCGGAGCAAAUUAGAAAGUUUGACAUACGAAGCUAUAGCCCGUUUCAAUUGUUUUGUGAUCUCAUUCUCAAACGGUUCAUGCAGAAAGAUGUCGACGGGUUUUUUUCAACUCCAGUCAAGGCUUCAGAUGCACCGGAGUACUACAGCGUUAUCUCUACACCAAUGGACUAUUCAACAAUUGAAAGCAAGGUACAUUCUGACGUUUACAAGAACAUCAACGAGCUAAAGAACGAUUUGAAUCUUGUCGCCGCAAAUGCAAUGACCUACAACAAUCCUAACACAGUCUACUACUUGGCGGCGGUAAAGUUGCAAACGUUGAUCAGGUACUAUUUCUCUCCACAUUACCUUGAAUAUGUAAAGUACUCUGUGCCUUUCGGGGCUUCUAUCCCACAUGAGAAGUUAGGGCUCACUCCAAAAGUUGCCACCAAGCCAGCCACCAAAAGGAAUGACCGCAGUAAUAUUAUUAGAGAUGCUGUGGUAGACAACGAGACUCCAAAGGAGUUAAUGAAGAAUGGAUCAGUUAAGGUAAGGGGGUUGUUGUCUUAAAAAGUUUAUUAUUUUUAGGGAAAGUUGUCAGAUAAAAGACCGCCAUGGCCAAUGGGAUAUUUGGACAAGAAGGAAGACGGAACGACCAUUCUCAACUUCGUCUGUGGCGGCGAAAAGUCAAAAGUAUCAAUGGGAGAUCUGAUUGGGAAAUUGGACAAAGGGGUGGCUUCGUUUCUUCCCGAAUACUCUCCUCUCGAGUCUGCUGAGGGUUGUAUUAAUUACACGAAUUACGGUCCCUUCUCAUCAUUUGCACCCCAAUUCGAUUCGACAUGGUCCAGUUUAAACAAAAAAGACUCAGAUUUGUUACUGUCAUGUUAUGGGGACAAAAACAAUGUUGUGGAUGCAAUGGCUCUGCGACAAAUGGCGUUAGAUAGUGGUGGAAACUUGGUUAAGGUCGUAGAUGGGAUCUUGGACACAUUGACUGAUGGUGAACACUCAAGAACACUAAAGGCGCUGGAGUUCGCCCAAAAUGUUGUUGAAGAAAAACCGGUAGGUUAGGUAGUAUUGAUUUGAGAGAUCUAAUUUUACAACUUCUGCAGGAUUCAAAAGCACAGAUUGAAAGUGUCUUGGAAAACGUGGACUCGUUGCGGAAUUUGGGUCUUGAUGUGUCGUACAUUGACGAAUUAAAAAAAGAGUUAGGACUGGUUGAGCCAGAAGGAGGAUCCUGUGAGCAACUCUUGAAUGUCGCCGGACAAAUGUUGCAAGAUCUCAAUCAACUGCAAACUAAUCGCUUGAACCAACUCCCAGGUGUUUCUAUGGUCGACGUCAGGACACCGGGUCAUACCGAAAGCGAUUUGGCUAUAAAACUCGGGCAGCAUUUCACGGAAGUUGUCAAGCACGGUGCAACUCCAAGAGAUAUCGUGACGACCCCCCAAGUCCAUCAAGCGAUCGGCGUUAAUAAUGCCGAUGACUUUGAUUAUGACGUACUGUCAGAAUUCAUAACUUUACCCACGUAAACAUUUUUUAUCUGCUUUCUUAAUUGUCCAUAAUAAAAUGAAUUGUGUUUGGAUGUCUUUCGAUGUCGAUAUCAGAGUUCAUUUCAAGCUUAUCAGGAACUUGAGGAGACUCGGUGCUUCUUAUCGGAAGAAGAUUCGCCUCUCUUUUUCAAUUAUUAUUCUUAAAUAAUUCAAAAGCUGGGAACAUGCCGCCAGCCUUGACUGCUGGCUUACUUGUGGCGGCCGAUAUCGGAUCCACGAUUGCUAUUUUGUGCGCACAUGGGCCAACUUUCGCUUGGAUCAACUUCAUUAACCAAAUUUCUGAGCCUUACAAUUUCUUGCUUUCAAUCUCUGACUUCUUUUACAUCAGUAUCAUCAGGGUAAUCUUAACGUUAACUGGUCUAAGUCUUCUUUUGUUCCAUUCAUCUCCAAAUAAUGUACUGUCGAAAUUGUCCCAUAUCUCAUUUGCAUUGUGUAUUCUGUUUUGCUCGUACUCUCCCACGAAAUUAUUAGCUUUGACUGAAAACCAAAACGUCCCUAAAAUUGCUGAUUAUUUUAUUUUGAUACAAAACUUUUUUCUGUCGAUCUUUAAUCAUCUGGUCUGGAAGAGUUUUGUACAAGUAACCGCUUCAUCUGAAGCCUACGAAUUGUUGCAAGAAGAAGAGGAGUCAGAAGAUGAUACAGAAGAUGCCUCAGCGAGCCGUAAAGAGGGCAAAGGAGGUACCGAAACUGUUAAAGUCAUCUUCCGAUUACUGCAAUACUGUCGCGACGAAUGGUUAUGGCAUAUCUCUGGAUUUACGUGGUUAUUUAUCUACUCGCUAAGUAAGUCAAACUUCUUUUUACAUUUCCCAUUUCAGCUCGUAUAUUUGUUCCUUACUAUACAGGACAAGUUAUCGCUAGUGUUGUUUCGGCGGAAACCGAUAAAUAUGCCGCCCUUAUUAGUGCCGUGAAACUUAUGGUCGUUAUUUCGAUUGUCUCGUAAGCCACCGAAAAUCCUUAUCUUACGAUUAUUCCAGGGCCAUCUCAGGCGGUUUAAGAGGAGGGAGCUUUGAGUACGCUUAUGCGAGGAUCAACCGGGCCGUUCGUUACAACCUGUUCUCAUCCUUGAUAAAACAGGACGUAGCCUUCUUUGACUGGCAUAAGACUGGAGAAAUAACUUCUCGAUUGACGGCCGAUACUCAGACCAUGUCGGAUACUGUUGCAUUGAAUAUCAAUGUGUUCCUCAGGUACUUUUUUUCAGCACAGGUCAUACUGUCGCGCCAUAAAGUUUUUGGCGACGUCGCGGGGUGCGAUCGUGGAAAAGUGCAUGUCGCUAGCGAAAAAACGGGAAGUCGCAGCGAUGGGGACAAAAAAAAAAACACUGUGCAAAUUCUACGGACUUUAUGGCGCGACAUUUAUAUCUUUUUUGCAGAAAUAUUGUUCAAAUGGGCGGAUCCAUGAUUUUUAUGCUUACUUUAUGCUGGAAAUUGUCCUUGGUACCGUUUAUUGUAGUUCCUGUUAUUCUGGUGGCAUCCAAGAUCUUUGGCGUCUACUAUGAUGUGGGUUAGCAGGAUCUACAUACUCAUUAUGUCAUCCGAAACAACUAAAAUUAAUGUUUUAGUUCCUCAGUGAAAAGACUCAAGAAGCUGUGGCCCAUUCAAAUGAUGUUGCCGAGGAGGUCCUCAGCACAAUGAGGACGGUUAGGUCUUUUGCAUGUGAAGAUAUUGAGGCCGAUAGGUUCUAUCAGAAGUUAACCACCACCCUUUCCGUGACCCGGAAGAAGGCCUUCGCUUACGUCGGAUUUUUACUGACUAGUGAAGUAUGUGAUACAACACACAACGGGUAAUUUUGUUUGCAGUUAUUUCAAGCUAUCAUCAACAUCGCGGUUCUUUGGUACGGUGGCCAUUUAGUGUUGACCAAUCAACUACAAAAGGAUCUUCUCGUCUCAUUCUUGCUGUAUCAAAUGCAACUGGCAGAUAACAUUAGGGUAGGGAAAAAAGAAAUAACUCAUCACAAAUCUAGCAAUUAGGAGAAGUGUGGACUGGAUUAAUGCAAAGCGUUGGUGCCUCCAGAAAAGUGUUUGAAUACAUUGACAGAAAGCCCGAUAUUGACACUUCCGGAACAUAUAUCCCAGAAAAAAUAGUGGGAAGAAUCGAGUUCAAAGAUGUUCAAUUCUCUUAUCCUACAAGGCCGCAUUUACCCAUUCUAAAGGUAUUUAUUAGAAUCGCUUCCAUCAAUUAUACCAAUCUAUUUCCAGAAUUUAAGUUUCACAGUGGAGCCCGGAGAGGUUGUGGCUUUGGUUGGUCCAAGUGGCAGUGGGAAAAGUUCGUGCAUUGCUCUGCUUGAACACUUCUACCAACCAAAUGCAGGCCAGAUCUUGGUGGAUGGAACUCCACUAAAGGAAUUUGAACACCGAUUUAUUCAUAACACUGUAAGUCAAAUGUCUUAGUCAUCAUACCACCGCAGAUUGCACUGGUCGGCCAAGAACCCAUACUCUUUGCAAGGUCGGUUGCUGAAAACGUUGCCUAUGGUCUUGAUGCUUGCACGAAAGCGGAGGUCAUCGAGGCUGCAAAACUUGCCAACGCUCAUCAGUUCAUAAUUAAUACACAAAGUCAAUAUGAGACCAAUGUGGGCGAAAAGGGCAGUCAGAUGUCGGGAGGGCAAAAACAAAGAAUCGCUAUCGCCAGAGCGUUGGUCCGAAAGCCAUCGAUCCUUCUCCUUGACGAAGCCACUUCAGCAUUGGACACGGAGAGUGAACAUCUUGUGCAAGAGGCCAUAUAUAAGAAUCUGAAAGGCCGCUCAGUUAUCCUCAUCGCCCACAGAUUAAGCACGGUGGAAAAGGCGGACAAGAUCAUUGUUAUCAAUAAGGGCAUAGUCGAACAAGUUGGCAGUCAUGAACAACUUACCAGCAUUGAGGGAACCUACAAGACUCUUGUACAGCGACAGAUGAUUGGUGCAGAAGAAGCUGAACCAAGUAGACCAUUGGACACCGUUCAACCAGACAGUGAUGCUUCCCACCCCAUCAGCAUUUCUCCUAGGAGCAUGGCUCAAAGUUUGUUGGCAACUAGCUUCACGCAGUCGACUACAAGCUUGCAGUCCAAGUAA